CGGAAGUAAACGUCAAAGCGAUACACGAAGCUCCACAAAUGACACAUUUAAGGUGUUCCUACUAAAUUAUCACAGUUUUAGGUCAUCUCUAUUUGGAAGCAGAUCAACUUGCCGAGACUCAGCAAGAUUAAAGUGGUAUUUCCCCUGCCAAUAACAUAUAGUAGGUGGGAAACAACCGCGAGAAAUGACUAUGGUCAUUUAACGCCAUCCUAGUUUACUAGCGUAACGCAAAUGAUAAUAAUAAUAAUAAUGACAAGUAAGUAACGAACAUAACGCUGAUAUUGGGUCAUGCGCUAUCGUGUAUUAUCAUGGUUCAAAUCAGAUCGUCCAGGGUUUUUUCUAGGAACAACCCUGCUAGUAGGGCUUAUGAUGUUGGUAUAUGUUGGAGGUAUCCAAGCAAGUCUCAGUUUAGGACCAGGAGGAGAAUUCCCACGUUUCAGAGAUGUGUUCUUGUAUGCUGUCAGUCAUGAUGAUUUGCCUUCUCUGGCGGUCAGUGUAUCUCUCCUGCUGUUGUUUGGACCAUGUCAGGAGCGUCGCUGGGGAACAGUCGCCUUCCUUACCCUCUCCACCUUGACAAUGACCAUAUUACCUCUUGUUUACACAUUGGUCCUCUUCGUCUUUGGUUUUGAGGCCAGUCUGGUCUGUGGCUAUGCUGCCAUCCAGUUGGCAUUGUUUGCCGCUCAGUGUCAUCACAUGACAAAGAGGCGACUGCAGAGGUGGUUGCCUGUUUGGGUUCUGCCCUGGUUGCUUCUGCUGCUCUGUCUGCUCAUACUCCCCGGGACACCUGCUCUGCUUAACUUCUGUGCAAUAUGCAUUGGUCAUAAUUACAGUCAGACCUUCAUUGGGAUGCUCCAGGAGAUGGAGUUCCUGAGCUUCAUUCCCCUUUCAGCAUAUAUUCCCACUUCAUCCAGGCCCACAUUGCCAACCUACAGAACAUCACAGAUGUCGAGAUCAUGUUCUGCAGUUGUUCAUGAAGAUCAGACAAAACCAUCAUCAAUGAGGGACCCCUUCAUUUUGAACCACUGCCAGGGGGAGGAGCACCUGCCUGCCUGGAGGCAAGAGUCAGUUGCCCUAUCUGACGCAGAGGUAGUGGAGGAACAGAUGCUGAGGGCUGGAAUACUUGCCUCCUUACAGGAUGCCCCAGAGGAAGUCAAUCCAAAAGUAGAAGUGACAAAAUCCUCUGUUUCUGCUCUGAGACUACAACAGCUGGAGAAGAUGGGCUUCCCCACAGAAAAAGCUGUAGUGGCGCUUGCAGCAUCAAAACAGCUGGAUGGUGCCAUCUCCUUGCUCAUAGAUGGUAGAGUUGGCGAGCAGGCUGUGGUGGUAGCCAAGGGAAAGAAGGCGGUGGCACCAAAAAGCCCUUAGGUGACUUAUGGUGACAUCAUCCGAAACGGAGUCGGAAACGGUGUUUGCUUUGUACGACAAACUAUAGGUGCAUGCUUGGAUUUUUGCUGAGCUUCAAGAUUAUUUUUUUCUGGGUUGGCUAGUUUUUUUCACAACUGUGCAAUCAGAAAGCACUUAACAUUAUUCCUGAGGAUGGGUGGGCGUUUGAUUUAAUUUCUUCUAUCAACAAUGGGUAAAAUCCAUACAUAUUGUAUUCUGACCUCCUGCUUCAUUGUGAGUGUCAUAUUGAGCAGAAUAAUGUUGCCCUGCCCAAAGGAGUUUCCAUAGUGUGUAUGUAGCUCAACUUACCAUAGCUAAUGUGUUUUUUCUUUAGACAAUUAACUAGUUCAGAUCAACAGCGCCUCUGCUGGUUGUAGCAUAGUAGUGCACUCCAUUUUGCCUCAAAUGGAUGAUUAAUUUCAAUCACCAGUUCCACACGAUCUACAGAAUUCUUUAUGAUCAGUCACUUAAUCACUUACUAUUCCUCUCUAUUUCAGAGUGAAUGUUUAUUAUUGCAUGUAUUGAUGUGUGAUUAUUUAUGUAGUGAUCCAAAAUGAAUUGACAUGUUUAAAAAAAAAAAACAGUGGACAUCAUUUUAUUACAGCGAUCAUUGAGACAGGAUUAUCUUGAAACGAACACAUUUUCAAGAAAUGAAAAAAAAAAAAUCAAAAUAUGAAAUGAUUACACGACAGCAUACAAAAUAAACUACCACUGACAAUUUUAAAUACUUUCACAAUAAGUUUGAUAUAAAAUGAAAAAAGGAACAAGUUGUCUUUUCAUCAUGACAGUACCGACAUAACACUGGUUCCAGUUUUGCUAUUUCCUCUGAGUAUGUGUUCAAAGUUUGUUUUUUUUUCCCCAGAAUGAAAAAAAACCAAGGAUUUCAAGGAUUCAGUCGAUGUGUAACAAAUGUAAAUGUUGUAUUUUAAAUCACUUUUUCAGUGUGCAUGUUCAUUGGGAAAACACAUCAGAAUCAUAAAUCACUUGUAGCAACACAUGUCUCAGUUUAAGUAGCGAUGACUUAAUCUUUUUAGUGCACUACGUAACACUGAGUUUAACCGUAUAAGAGAAGUACGACAAAAUUAACACUGGAGGUUUGUUCGUGUAGUUGCACAAUGUACAUGCUAAAUAUACUUAAAUAAUGACAUCUGGUGGCAUUGUGGUUACACUGAAAAAUAAUACAAACUGAAGUCUCUCAUGUCAACAAAUUGAUUACUCUAAAUGACCCUUAUUGCCCAGACGU